GCACCAGGCACAUACCCAGUCUUUAAAAUGCAUUACUUGCAUGUCAUUGGAUUCCUGGUUAUUUUAGCUGUCUCUGGAUCGACCCUCGACCUUGAGUUGUCAACCAAGCGACCCAACGAGGUGUAUAAGCCAAGUUCCGGAAAGCUGACGAUACCAAGUCUCGCUGAAGAACGGGAUCCUGGGUUUGUGAACUGGAUGUCCCUCAACAUUUUAAAAGGACAUCCCCGAUCCAAAGAACAAAAAUUUACACCUUUUGAGAAGCGUGUAAUUCGAAUUUUAAAAAAACACGGAUUGUUAAAAAGUGACACCGAAAAAGUUUUGGAUAAGCUGGAAAAGGAUAAAGAACUAUUGAGAAAACUCAAAAAGUUACUCGACGAAGUCGACACAGAAAAUGAAACAGAUGAUUUCUAUGACGAUUUUUGGAACCUCUUAUCCUGGUGAAAUGUACCAAAAUUAUAAGCUAUAUAAUGAAAAAAUAUACUGCUUACUUAUAAAGUUUGUUUUGUGUAAAUAAAUUACACUUUAAAUAGUAGCCUCAA